CUUGACCGCCGCGGUAGUGGGGUAAGAGGCUUAAAACAGGCCGUCAUAUACAACGUCGCUACACUUUGUGCUAAGCUUUCUGUAGGGGUAGUUUGAUUCGACGCCAUGAUACGAUACAUCGCAGUCCUAGUUCUCGUCGCCGCGGCGCGGGCGAUGCCGGCGCUCGAGAAGGAGUCCAACGAAAUUGGAGUUUUCGGCUCCCUACUCGGAGUCGUCAAAGAGUGCGUGGACGGAGACACGACGUUGUGCAUAAAGGAGAAGACGUUGAAAUAUGUGGAGGCUGUGAACACGGCGCGGGAGCUGAAUGUAGCUGAUGGUGUGGCAAUACUCAGCAAUGGUUCUCCCAGGUCUGCCAGGGCCCUGGAGCCUCUGUCCGAAGAGCCCAAGGCCAGGGAAGCCCAGAUCGAGUCCAGACUGGUGGACUCCGCUGCUGAUUUCUUAGAAAACCAUGUCAUCCAGUUCAAACUGCCGUCAUCUGCUGUUGAAGGCAUGAAGAGGUCCCUUGAAGAAGCUCGUGGUAAGAAGAAGAAGAUCAAGCAGCUCCUCCCCCUCCUCGCUCUCGCCAAACUGAAGAUCACCGCUCUCAUCCCUCUGUUCCUCGGUAUCAUCGCUUUCGCCGCCGCCAAGGCCGUGCUCCUCGCCAAGAUCUCCCUCCUCGUCGCCGGAAUCCUGGCUCUCAAGAAGCUUUUGGCAAGCAAACACCAUGAAACCAGCUACGAAGUAGUCGCUCAUCCUCAUCACGAAGAACACUACGCCAGCUCCGGCCAUGGCUGGGGAAGAUCCAUGGAUGACGGUCAGGACUUAGCCUACUCAGGCCACGUCAAGUCUGACUAAAUCUAAGGAGUCCCUAAAGGAGCUAUUCUAAGUCCAAUACUUUUUGUAACAUAGUGUGAACGGAAUGUACUGAGUUUAUUUAUUAUAGGUUUUAAGGCGUAUUUAUUUAAUCUACAACGAAUUUCCCUUUGUAAGGGAUUUUUACCGACGCGAAAUCUUGUUACUGUUUUCCCAUAAAAUGUUGUUCUAAGUUUGUAUGGUCUUUCUUGAUGUACUAUAUUAGUAUUUUCAAACCCUAUACGGUAUCCGUAUAUGUGUAUUUUGUACUUCAAAACAUAUCCUAUUUUAUUCUACUAAAUAUUAUGGUUGGUUUACACGUACACUUAUAUUUCAUAGAAGAGUGCUGAAGUUUGGACUUAUGUAAAAAUGCUUUUUCACUUUUACAUAAGGAGACAAAUCAAUGGCUUAUUUGCUAUUUUGAAGCUUUAAAAGCACUCUUACUUUCUUGAUGUGUGAAUCAGGCUUUAUAUGAUAUCUAGUCUGUUCUUACUAAGUCCUUAUAAUAACUCUUUAGACUAAUUUGUAUAUAUUUUUAUGUGUACACUCUUAUAUUUAUUAUGUGUAUACAAGUAUUAUUGUGAUAUUAAUAGCUAUAUAUUAUUUUUUAUUCAUAUAUAUUUAUAUAUCUUCUCUUCCUACUCAUAUUAUAUCUACGUAAAUAAUUAAUAGUCGAAUAUACCACCUAUACCUUUAUUUAAUAAUUAUUUUCAUCUUCUGCAGUUGUAACAUAUUCUGCUAUGUAAGUACAAAUAUCAUUUAAUAUAUUUCUACUUCCAUGUACAUAUUUAUAUAUUACUUAAUGAUUCGUACAAAUAAAGAACUAAAAAUUA